AUGCGAUCAUUCAAUAAUGAAAAUACGUUCGUUAAUUUACCCUUGGAAAUACAUUUAAAUAUAUUAUCAUAUGUUCUUGAUACUAGUUAUUCUUAUAAUAUUAAAUAUACAACUAAAAUUAAACAAUUAUUAAAUUUUCAAACAAGUUGUAAAAAAUUAAUGUACGAUGAUGAUCAAUGUGAUUAUUUUAAUGAAUUUUAUUUUGAGUUAUUGAAAAAUUAUUUACCAAUAAAAGUGAAUAAUGAAAUAAUUAAGGAACAAAUAAUUAAAAAAACAAAUUUAAAAAGGAUUGUUUUGUUAACUUUAUAUAUUAAAUAUAAACAAUUUAAAUAUUUAGAUUUUACUGACAAUUACCUUAAAUUUGUAAUGAUAGGUGAUGGUGGUGUUGGCAAAUCAUCGAUUGUGGUUAGAUUUAUUCAGAAUAGAUAUACAGAUCAAUAUGAUCCAAGUUAUUAUGAUGAUUAUAGAAGAAAUAUUGAAUUUGAUGGAAGGGUGUUUGAACUUGAUAUAUUAGAUACAUAUCAAUAUAUGAGAACUGGUGAUUGUUUUAUCAAUGUUUGCGAUUUAUUUAAUUUUUCCUCAGCUGAAUUCUGUAAGACCUUAGUUGAACAAUUAAUUAGAAUCAGAGAUUCAGAAGAUAUUCCAAUUAUAUUUGCAUUAAAUAAGAUGGAUUUAAUUACUGAUAACAAUGAAAUUGAUAAAUUGAAAAAUGAAAUUAUUAAUAUUAUUAAUGAGUAUCAACUAACAAAUACAAAUAUAGUUAUUUGUAGUGCUAAAACUGGUGAGGGUAUAGAAAAUGCAUUUCUAGAAGGUGUUAAGUUAAUUAGGUUUGGUAAUCAAACAAAUUUAAAUUCAAUAUUACAACAAGUGAUUGAAAAAGAUAUUAAAUAUUUAAAUAGUUUAAAAAAAGAAAAGAAAUGCAUCUUGAAUUAA